CUGGCGUUCUGCUAAUAAAACUGAAAUGUGCAAACGUCUUUUUUUUUGAAGGGAUGGAUAAGAUAAAAUCAUACGAUGAAUUACGAAAACAACUGGAAAAUGAUGAACUUACACAAAAGGGCUUUGAUGCCAGAGUAAAACAUUUAUUGUGUGGAGAAGAGGCACAUAGUGGAGGAAGUCUAGGAACAUUGGAGACAAAAGAAAAAAAUGAGAAGGCAUAUAUGGAUGCAGCACAAGUAUUUACCAAGGCAAAACAGUUAAUAAAACCCCAGGUGAAAAAAUGUCAGUUUCCCCUUCGUCAGAAAGAAAAGACCCUAUUAAAGAUAAAAAUGAGUCCCAUGGAGUGGAAACCACGCACAUCCAAAAAACCAGGCAGAUAUCAAAAAGUCAUUCUUGAAGAAGCCCCACCAAGGAUCAUAGUGGCAGGCACAGAAGAUUAUGAUGAACUGAUACGUAUUGCACAGGAGGCAUUUUGGACAGAAAAGGAAAGAGAGGGAAGUACAUUUACUCUUUGCCAUUCAGAUGGCACAAGGUGGACAAAGGAGCAGUUUAACCAAGAAUAUGGAUCUGUCUCUGAGAUUCCAACUCCUUGGAAGAGAACAUUUUAUAUUGGACGUAGAGAAAUGGAUAUUAUCUGCCUCGGUGAAAGCAGUUCAGCAUUAGGAAAUGAUGAAAUGGAAGACUCGGACAUGGACUUCCAACCUAAGGGAUCUAGAUGUGUAGGAAGAUCAUCACAGCCAAGUGUAGAAAGAUAUAUGGUAGAGGUUCAGCUGCAGGGAGAAUCCUUAAGUUUAGGUAAAAGUUCUAGGAGAAACGCAAGUGCUGAUGCUAGUCCAGAUCCACAUUCUGAGAGAUCUUUGAAUGGAGGCACAGGAACAUCCACAAAUUCAGAUCCAGGUGCAGCAAGAUCCACUAGUGCUGAUUCAGAUCAGGGUGCAAGGGAGACCUCAGUUCCAGAGAUUCAAAUUGCAACUCCUAAUCCAGAGAAGCCCAUGAAAGAAGGUGUUUGCCCACAAAAUGAGGUGUUUUAUGUGUCAUCUAAUGUUGUCACCAUUUUACCGUCAUUGUAUUCUCCACGCCUGCCAUUAGUGGACAAAUCACUAAUCAGUUACAGUGAACAGAACCUGUUGGGUGAAGGAACAUUUGGGAAAGUAUAUCUAGGUUCUUUUCAGGGAACCCCAGCUGCCAUAAAGAGGAUUCCAUAUGGCAUAGCAGGACUUCAAGAUCAGGACAUACAGCAUGAGAUUCUCGUCUCAAUGCGAUUGAGCCAUCCCAAUAUUGUACGACUCAUGGCAGCAGCCCACACUGAAAACACGUUCUUGCUGGCCAAUGAAUACAUUCAUGGUACAACCCUGGAUAAUGUGCUACACAGUGACAAUGCUUGUGUUAAGCUUGAAGGAAACGACAGUCAUUUUGUUGCCCUGGACAUUUCAAUGGCCGUAGAAUACAUCCAUUCAAAAAAUGUCAUCCAUCAGGAUCUGAAGCCUGACAAUAUCCUUCUGGUGAAGCUCAACCUGACUGUGACCUAG